UUCCCUUUCUUGGCUGCACCACCUGAUCGGGCCGGUACCGUUCCUAUAUAUAAGUAAUAUAACCCCAUACCCCAGUCCUUCUUAAUACCACCAACUCCUUAGCAACGCCUAAAAAAGAGCCUCCACAACCUCCUCCGGCCGCGGCGGCGCUCUUCGGUGUCCGCCACGGUCGCAUUCCAAACCUUUCCAACGCCAUUAUAUAUUGCCUUCUCUUUGUGAAUCUAAGUUUGGUAACGAUGACGUCGUCAGAGUUAAAUAUGGGAGAGGGUGAGAUCAUCAAAGAGAGAUCUUUGCCGUCGUCGUCAUCGUCGUCACCAUGCGAAUCAGAGAGCGAAGAGAUCCAGCGUCUAGAGCACGCGCCGCCGUUUUGGAGGAACCGCAGGCGAUUGUCGAAGCAGCUAUCGAUGUGCGAGACGCCGCGAGACAUCGCGUGGGAGAGGCGGCGGCGCCACAUUCUCCUACAAGGGAGGAGGAAUAAGAGCGAGGAUGGAGAGUCGUUGACCGACGACGACCUUAACGAGCUUAAAGGGUGCAUAGAGCUAGGGUUUGGAUUUAAAGAAGAAGAAGGGCAACGCUUGUGUAACACAUUGCCUGCCCUAGACCUUUACUUCGCCGUGAACCGCCAGUAUUCGUCUAGUCCGGUGUCAACGCCGGGGAGCAAGGGGAACUUACCGUCGCCUUCAUCGUCGGCAUCAUUGGGAGGGAGGUCAUCAUCGUCGUCGUUGAAUAGCCCCAGUAGUGAUUCUGAUUCAUGGAAGAUUUGUAGCCCAGGUGAUAAUCCUGAGCAUGUAAAGACAAAGUUGAGGCAUUGGGCACAAGCAGUUGCAUGUUCUGUGAUGCAAUCCUAUUGAAAAGUGGGAAUUUGAUGGAUGGCUUUACAAAAGGACAAGCUAGCUAAAUAGUAGAGGGGUGGAAAAUAUUGAUGAAAGAGAGGUUACUCUAAUCCAUAUUUUCAUCUAUAUACCUUUUAUUCCUUUUUUUGUAAAUUAAAAUUAGGGAGCUAGAGAAAUUAAGUGCAAGCCCAAAAUAUAAUUUAAUUCAACAAAACAAAACAAAAGUUGCAAUUUUUCUAACAACAAAGGGAUGAUGGGGCAUUACUAGAUUUCUUGUUUGGGAAUGGUAAAAGAAGUGAAGGCAAGAAAGAAGAAAAAUGGAGAUGGGAUCGCACAUUAUAUUACAACUACCAAACAAGCUUGGAGUCGUACGUACGUACGUUGACUGCAUGCAUGCAAGCGGACAACAACGUACUGCACGAAUUGAAAAGCUUUUUUGGUUUUUUAAUUUAGAUCAGAUUGUGGUACGCCGCCGUUUUGGUCUAUGUUACAUCAAGUUACAGGCACAUCGGCCGGCCCUAGCUCCUAUGAAUUGAAUGAACAAUCCAUGCAUGUGUGUGUAGUGUGUGUAUGUAUGUAGCUCAUGGGUCAUGCAUGAUGCAUGGGACUAAGUUUGAUCAGUUAAAUGUGAUGGUGUACAUGUAUGUAUGUAAAUGUUACCAGUAUGUAUGUA